GCACAACUAAAACCACCAACGUCCUUGGCGCCCAAGCUAUGAGUCAGGGGUGGCUGACCCCAUACUGUUUCAUAGAAUUAAUGGAGAACAGAAAUGAUAUCCCAAACCAAGGAAAUCUUUGGCAAAUGAAGCCUAAAAGCCUAGAAGAUGAUGACUACUUGACUAAGGAUGUGGAAGAGACCAGCAUGCUGAAAAGACCUGUGCUUUUGCCUUUGCCACAAACUGCCCAUGUUAACGAAUUUGAUUGUCCCUUGGAACUUCAGCACAGACAGGAACUCUUUGUGCAGUGGUGUUUGCCAAUUAAAAUAGCUGCUGUUGUGUCAUCACUGACUUUUCUUUACACUCUCUUGAGGGAAAUCAUUCACCCUUUAGUAACUUCCCAUCAACAGUGUUUUUAUAAAAUUCCAAUCCUGGUCAUCAACAAAGUCUUGCCAAUGGUUUCCAUCACUCUCUUGGCCUUGGUUUACUUGCCAGGUGUGAUCGCAGCAGUUGUGCAGCUUCAUAAUGGAACCAAAUAUAAGAAAUUUCCACCUUGGUUAGAUAAGUGGAUGUUAACAAGAAAGCAGUUUGGGCUUCUCAGUUUCUUUUUUGCUGUACUGCAUGCAAUUUAUAGUCUAUCUUAUCCAAUGAGACGAUCCUACAGAUACAAGUUGCUAAACUGGGCAUACCAACAGGGGCUCUCCCCAUUACUGCUGGUGAGUGUCACACCGCCAGAAUUAUUCAUGGCUGCCCAUUUUAAUGGUGCCAAGAACAACUUGCCGGUUUCUGCAGUUUUAAAAUUACUGAAGUGGAAGAGAAUGAUGAGGUUACGUGAAUGUUCUAAUCUCUCCCCUGGAGGCAUGACCCCACUGCCAUGA